AUGACCCCAAUGACGCCGACAUCGACGACAUCGUCGACAUCGUCGACAUCGUUGUCGGGCCCAACAAAGCCAGCGGCACCCAAGCCGGAGAGACCACAAACUUUGGAUGUUGUGAGGCGAAGCAAGCUGAUCUCCGGAACUUCAACUCGGAUUUCCACAAUGGAUUCGGUCCCUGAAGAUCUUCCUACGGAGUGUUCGGGGUGCGGAUUGGAUUCAGCCAGCAGCCGUCAAACACCAAGUUUGCAGGAGUUGGUGCAGAAUCGGCCGAGCAACAAGACGCGAGCCAGAGAGCGCUUGCUUGCUGCGACGUAUGUGGCCAAUAGCACGAUUUUCGACUGA